AUGAGAGGAAGGGCCCUUGUGAGGGGGCUGCUCCGACGCCCCUCCGUGUGCGCCCUUCUUGGCAGCAGCAUGCCGCGCGGCACGACGAUUUUUGCGGUGGCCACGCGCCCCUACAUGCCGCUUCCGAACGACCAGAGUGAGUUUUCUCCCUACAUUGAAAUUGACUUGCCCAGCGAGAGCCGCAUUCAGGCGAUACAUAAGAGCGGUCUCGGGGCACAGGAGUGGGUGGCCUGCGAGAAGGUGCACGGCACCAAUUUCGGCAUUUACCUCAUCAACCUUGGGGAGCAGGAGGUGGUGCGCUUUUCGAAGCGGAGUGGAAUUAUGGACCCCAACGAGAACUUUUUUGGGUACCACAUCCUCAUCGACGAGUUCUCCGCACAGGUCCGCAUUUUGUGCGAUCUGCUAAAGCAAAAGUACGGGCUAAGUCGUAUUGGGCGCGUCGUUCUCAACGGUGAGCUCUUUGGGGCAAAGUAUAAGCAUCCACUGGUGCCCAAGAGUGAGAAGUGGUGCACGAUGCCGAACGGGAAGCGGUUUCCCAUCGCCGGUGUGGAAAUUCAGCGGGAGCCAUUUCCGCAGUACAGUCCAGAGCUUCACUUCUUCGCCUUUGACAUCAAGUACUCUGUGAGUGGGGCGGAGGAGGACUUUGUCAUGCUUGGCUACGAUGAAUUUGUGGAGUUUUGCUCCAAGGUGCCGAAUCUACUGUACGCCAAGGCCGUUGUCCGCGGAACGCUCGACACUUGCCUGGCGUUUGAUGUGGAAAACUUCAACACCCCGCUGCCAGCCCUGCUGGGGCUUGGCAACUACCCGCUUGAGGGGAAUCUCGCGGAGGGCGUCGUCAUACGUCACGUCCGGCGCGGCGACCCGGCGGUUGAGAAGCACAAUGUUGCAACUAUCCUGAAGCUGCGCUGCUCCAGCUUCAUGGAGCUGAAGCACCCGGGAAAGCAGAAGGAACUGAAGGAGACAUUUAUUGACACCGUGCGGACAGGGGCACUGCAGCGUGUGCGUGGGGAUGUGACGGUGAUUGCUGACUCCAUGCUGCCGCAGGUGGAAGCCGCCGCAAACAACUUGCUGUUGAACAACGUCAGCGACGGUAGACUGAGCAACGUGCUCUCCAAGAUUGGGCGGGAGCCGCUGCUCUCCGGCCAGGUCUCAGAAAAGGAUGUUGCUCUGAUGCUUGCCAAGGAUGCUCUAAAGGACUUUCUCAAGGAGGUGGAUGUCUUGGUGCUCAAUACGAGUCUCUCGUUCCGAAAGAUGCUUAUUUCGAACGUCUACUUUGAGUCGAAUAAGCUUGUAGCGCAGAAGUGGAAGGAGCUCAUAAAGGAGGAGGCGGCAGCACAGCAGGAGGCGGAGACGGCUGCAUUGAGGGAGCCCCAAGCAACGGCUUGA